CCUGCGGCUUAAUCCACAGUUCUUGACCAUCGCAUGCGCUGCUCUCUGCCCUUUGCUCCUGGAAAAGUGGAGGAUCCAGGCACAUAGCUCUCGAAAUGUCCGAAGAAUACUACUGGAACAGCAGGUCACAUGAAUGGGUCAUCCCAAAGCCUGGGGACCUUAUUGAGAUUUCCCGUGUGGCAUAUGAGCACUGGGCUGUCUAUGUGGGAUCAGGUUAUGUGAUCCACUUGGCUCCAACAGUUGACGGCAUAGUAGAAGCCAGCACCAACAGCCUCAUGUCCAUCGUGUCUGAAAAAGCCCUGGUGAAGAAGGAGCUCCUGAAGAACAUUGUUGGGGAUGGCCGCUAUUGCAUCAAUAACAAAUACGAUUCGGAAUACUGCCCGCGCCCCGCGAACAAAAUUAUCCAGGAGGCAGAAUCGCUCUUGGGAAAGAAAGUGGAUUACAGCGUGGCUACCUUUAAUUGUGAACACUUUGUCACCAACCUGCGCUAUGGCAAAGCUAGGAGCGACCAGGUGAAAGAUGCCGUGACUGCCGGCGCUGUAGGUGUGCUUGGUUUUGGGGCGAUCGUCGGUUUGACCGCAUUGAUCUGCAGUGCGUUUUCAUCCAGGGAUCGCCAAAAAAAAUAAUUGUGUUACACUUCCAUCUCAGAUGGAGGUUUCCCCAUUUUUGGAAGCUCUCUCCGGUUCAAAUUUAACCUCUUUGGUCCUUUUCCAUUUCAGACUCUGAACUACGAACAAUUAAUAAUGUGACUUGUAGUAGCGGUUCUAAAUUAAAAAAAGCAGUUUAAUGACA